CAGAUCUGGCAGAUCCUCCUGCUCAUAAUGAAAAUAGUUCUCUAGUCAUCAAAGAUGAGCCUCAUGGAUAUCACCAAGAUCUUCUCCCUCCUGCAGCCUGACAAAGAGGAGGAGGACACUGACACAGGAGAGAAGCAGGCUCUCAAUCAAGCAGUAUAUGACAAUGAUUAUGCUACCUUGGACCAGCUUUUGCACCAGGAGCGUUACAAACGUUUCAUCAACAGUAGAAGUGGUUGGGGUAUUUUUGGGACACCCCUGCACUUGGCUGCUUCUUAUGGCCACCUGAGCUGUUUGCAGGUUCUGCUGGCACAUGUUGCUGAUGUCGAUAGCUUGGACAUCAAGGCACAGACACCACUUUUUACUGCCGUCAGUCAUGGUCACCUGGACUGUGUACGAGUGCUUUUGGAAGCUGGUGCCUGUCCUGGUGGCAGCAUCUACAACAACUGCACUCCAGUGCUCACAGCUGCUCGCGAUGGUGCUGUUGCCAUCUUGAAGGAACUCCUAAGCCAUGGUGCAGAGGUAAAUGUCAAGGCUAAACUACCAGUCUGGGCAACAAACAUAGCUUCAUGUUCCGGCCCCCUCUAUUUGGCUGCAGUCUAUGGGCACCUUGACUGUUUCCACUUGCUUUUGCUCCAUGGGGCAGACCCUGAUUACAACUGCACUGAUCAGCAUCUGUUGGCACGUAUCCCUCAACCCCGUACUCUUCUUGAAAUCUGCCUCCAUCAUAACUGUGAUCCAGAGUACAUCCAGCUUCUGAUUGAUUUUGGUGCUAACAUCUACCUUCCAUCUCUCUCCCUGGACCUGAACUCACAAAAUGAUAAAGGCACUGCACUGCUGCUACAGGCCCGAGCCAUUCCAAGGUCACUACUAUCACAGGCCCGUUUAGUUAUCCGCAGGGCUCUGCACCAGGCAAGUCAGCUACAAGCCAUCAACCAACUGGAUAUCCCCCCCAUAUUGAUUGGCUACCUCAAAUACCAACUAUAGACUAGCAGCCUUCCCAGAAAUCCAUCCUGCUUCAAAAAACCACCUGUGGACAUACGUAACUGGAGGGCAGUAAACUCCAUCUGCUCCCUGAAGCUUCUCUCCUAUAUUAUCCUCCACAAUAAAAAUUCUCAAAAAAUCAAG